GGUGGAUGUUUGCAGCUGUCCAAGGUGCAAAGGCAGAGUCGAAGGAAUGUACCCAAGUCGGAGCGCGGCGAGCGGCGGCUGUCAUCCAGGCUGGAUGGUGGUGCUGCUCCUUGGCUUCCUGGAGCUCGGCGCGUCGGCGUCUGACUUUGCCCAAGACCCCAGUGUGGUAGCAGUCCCGUCAUGGAACGCUUCUAGUGAUGGGCUUUCAUUUAUCCGCCUUGAAACUCCCAUGAACAACAUCACCACUUCUCUGGGCCAAACAGCCGAGCUGUUGUGCCGCGUGUCCGGCAACCCGCCUCCGACGGUGCGCUGGCUUAAGAACGACGCGCCCGUGGUACAGGAGCCACGGCGCGUGUCGUACCGCUCCACACCCUACGGAUCCCGUCUUCGCAUCCGCAAUCUGGACACCACGGACACCGGCUACUUCCAAUGUGUUGCUACCAACGCCCAGGGCACAGUGUCGACCACCGGCGUGCUCUUUGUCAAGUUCGAUCCGCUGCCUACGCCUCUACCGGGACGGCCAACGGAUGAUUUUGAUGAGGAGGGCUUCUGCCAGCCAUACAGAGGCAUCGCCUGCGCCCGCUUCAUCGGUAACCGCAGCAUCUUUGUCGACUCGUUGCAGAUGCAGGGCGAGAUCGAGACCCAGAUAACAGCGGCCUUCACCAUGAUCGGAACGUCCAACCAUCUCUCGGAUCGCUGCUCCCAGUUUGCCAUCCCGUCCCUCUGCCACUUUGCCUUCCCGACGUGUGACCGCAGCUCAGGGGCCGACAAACCUCGGGACCUGUGCAAGGACGAGUGUGAAAUCCUGGAGAAUGACUUGUGCAAGACCGAGUACAUCAUCGCCCGCUCCAACCCCAUCAUCCUGAAAAGACUGAAGCUGCCAAACUGUGACGAUCUGGCAGCCUCGGACAGUCUGGAGGCAGCCAACUGUCUGAGGAUCGGCAUCCCCAUGGCCGAGCCCAUUAACAAAAAUCACAAGUGUUACAACAGCAGCGGCUCCGAAUACCGCGGCACCGUCAGUAAGACCAAGUCGGGCCGUCAGUGUCAACCGUGGAACUCCCAGUAUCCUCACAGCCACAACUUCAUGGCCGCCCGCUUCCCGGAGCUCAACGGGGGCCACUCGUACUGCCGCAACCCGGGAAACAAACACGAGGCCCCCUGGUGCUUCACGCUGGACGAGGGCGUCCGCAUGGAGCUCUGCGACAUCCCCGUCUGUGACCACAAGGAGAAGUCUGGUGGCGGCAACAUGGAGAUCUUGUACAUUCUGGUUCCGAGUGUGGCCAUCCCGCUGGCCAUCGCCUUGCUCUUCUUCUUCAUUUGCGCGUGCCGCAACAACCAGAAGUCGCCCAGGCCGCCUGCCCCUCGCCAGCCCAAACCGGUGCGUGGGCAAAACGUGGAGAUGUCCAUGCUCACCACAGCGUACAAGCCAAAGAGUAAGGCCAAAGAGCUUCCCCUGUCAGCGGUCCGUUUCAUGGAAGAACUUGGAGAGUGCCCACUGGGGAAGAUCUACAAGGGUCACCUGUACUUGCCGGGCAUGGAGCAAGCACAACUGGUUGCCAUCAAGACCUUGAAGGACGUCUCCAGCGUCCAGCAGUGGAGUGACUUUCAGCAGGAGGCGGCCGUGCUGACGGAGCUGCAGCACCCAAACGUGGUGUGCCUGCUGGGCGUGGUGACGCAGGAGCAGCACGUCUGCUUGCUCUUUGAGUUUCUCCCUCAAGGCGACCUUCACGAGUUCCUCAUUAUGCGCUCGCCGCAUUCCGACGUGGGCUGCAGCAGCGACGAGGACGGAACCGUCAAAUCCAGCCUGGAUCACGGCGACUUCCUGCAUGUGGCCAUACAGGUUGCCGCUGGGAUGGAGUACUUGGCCAGUCACUUUUACAUUCAUAAAGACCUUGCAGCCCGCAACAUUCUAGUGGGCGAGCAGCUCCACGUGAAGAUAUCGGACCUGGGCCUGUCCCGAGCGAUCUACUCGUCAGACUACUACUGCAUCCAGCCCAAAACGCUUUUUCCUAUCCGCUGGAUGCCCCCGGAGGCCAUCGCCUACGGAAAGUUCACCACAGACUCGGACAUCUGGUCCUUUGGGGUGGUGCUGUGGGAGGUCUUCAGUUACGGCCUGCAGCCUUAUUACGGCUUCUCCAACCAGGAAGUGAUGGAGAUGGUUCGAAAAAGGCAGCUGCUGCCCUGUCCUGAAGACUGUCCGCCCAGAUUCUACGCUUUGAUGAGCGAGUGCUGGCAGGAGGGACCCGCGCGAAGACCUCGCUUCAAGGACAUCCACAACCGCCUACGAGCCUGGGAGGGCCCGUCGUCUCACGCCAGCUCCAGCACGCCCUCUGGCGGCGGAGGCAACGCCACCACCCAGACCACCUCGCUGAGCGCCAGUCCCGUCAGCAAUCUGAGCAACCCUCGCUACGCCGCCGCCGCCGGUUAUCUCUACCCGGCCCAGGCCAUCCCCUCACCGGGCCAGAUGGCUCAAAUGCCAGCGUGGGCAUCCAUGGCGAUGCCUCAAACGCACCCGCGCUUUAUUCCCGUCAACGGCUACCCCAUUCCGCCAGGCUACGCGGCUUUCCCCGCUCAUUUCCCUCCCCCGGCGCCCCCCCCGCGGCUCAUCCAGCAUCACAUGCCGCCGCCUAAGAGCCGUUCGCCCAGCAGCGCCAGCGGCUCCACCAGCACGGGUCACGUCAGCGGCGGUCCCUCCACCGCGGGCUCCAACCACGAGGCCAACACGCCGCUGCUGUCGCACUGUAUCAUGCCGGGAAACGGCGGCGGCCCGGUGGUCCAAGUGUACGGACAGCUAUCUCAGAAGACCAUGGGACAGCUGGACCACAUGCAGACAUCAGCGCUGCUCGCACCUGACUCGGACGCACUGAUGUACAAUGACGCUGUCAUCACUGCAGACCUGUAGAGUUCAAGACAAAAAAACGCAAUUGCUCACUGUCUCCCACUUGUGGCUGGCUUGAGAAACGACGUUGCUUCUCAUCCAAAUGAAGACGGGCCUGCGGCAACAUUUGGGUCUGCAACAACCAGCCACCAUCCAUCCAUCCAUUUGUCUUUGGGGUCACAGGUAACCCGGAACCGGCGCCGGCUUGACUUUGAGCGAGAGGCCAGACUGGUCACACGACAUUUAAACAAGUGUCCUUUCUAUCGUACACUUUCAAAUGUUGCCUUGUGUAUAAAUCCACUGCGCAAGUCCUGAGUGAAUGAGCGGAUGAAAUGCAAAGUUCUAUUUUCAAGACAUGAAGACCAUCCAUCCAAGUGUAAGUGGAAUAUUGCAGUCCAAAUUGGGCCAGUUACGCUAAAAGCCAAAAGCAUGCGACAGGUGGAAUUCAAUCCACCAACGUUUGGUUCUGUGCAUUAAUCAGGCAGCUAAGCGCAUAUUUGCCAUGUUGACACGCGCCAUGACACCUGAAUGUCACCAGGCCUCCUUUUCUACUUUCUGCCUUAGUUCCUGCAAAUAUGACAGGAAGGGCCUCAACGUCGCCAUUCUUUUCCCCCCAUCUCACAAGAGUGAGUUUUGUACAUUUGAAUUCCCAUUGGGUUAUUAUUUUUGAAUUUUGAAGGAAACUCUCCUUGUUUUGUUACUGCCACAUGAAAGACGUGGCGAGUCGUGCUACCUUUUUCGGAGGAAUGAUUAUGAUAUGCAUGGAUUGUAGUGGCCUCUACCAGAAGAAUGUUCCAAUAUUGAAUUCGACUGAAGAAGAAAACCAAUGGAUGGCCUUCAAAAGGAUUCAUGUUUGUGCUGGUGGAGAAAAGACGUCCCAAGUGUACUUACUAUUUGAACCGUCUCCUUUUUGUCUUUAGCAGUAUCUGAUGAUCAGUUGGAAGCACGUGAAUCCCACAAGCCUUAUUUGAAAGUGUUCCAGAGCUCUACUACCUAUGAAAGCGACAAUCACUGCCUCGUGCUCUCACCGUUUUUCUCUCUGCGCACCAUUUGAGACCAAUAGCCGCUGUUUGUGGAACUUGAUGAUGACAUAUUUGACAUUUUCAUCUUCAGGCCAAAAUAAUUCAGCCAUUUCUUUUCCGGGCAAUGUUUCCAGGCUCAGUCAUAUAUGUCGACAAUCUGGCCUCUUUGUGAUGUAGCAAUGCAAAUACCACUUGUAUGCAAGACUGUGAAUUUUAAUCCAAUCAAAAUCCUUUUUGUCAUUUUGUGUGUGUUUUUUAACAAACCAUAGAAGUCCAUUUGGAGCGUUUGAAUUGAUCAUGGGGUGCCAAUUUGAGCAAGUUUACAUGUUUGUACCGUUUGACCAACAGGGCAAUUGUUUGUAUGAAUAUUUUUGCACAGUUGUUUUUGUAUCGCAGUCAUUUAUUAAAUGAUGUUUGCUUUA